UAGUUGAACGAUCUGUGGGCCCGCACCCAGUCGAUCUGCGUCCGCGGAGAAGGACGCACGUCCGUCGUGACAGUCGCGAGCCGCAACUUUAGACGUACGGUUCAAUCGAAACUUUUCCAGACGUGUGUAGUGUUGUAUCCCGCAAGUGAAUUGGGAAUAUUUUUCGAAUACUAUGUUAACAACAUGAACGACUGAAUCGACUUUAUAGUGCUAUAAGUUAAUUUAAGUGAAUUCAAAUAAGACUUUUAGUGUUAAAUUGAAAAAUUGUGCACGAUGGAGUUCAAGACACAAUUAUUAGUGACAGCGUCGAUUGUGUUGGUUGCAACAACGUUGUGUGAAGGUGCCCGCGAUGCUAGCUGCCCAAGAAUUUGCGGGCCGUCCCUGCAAGGCGAGCCCGUCUGCGCCACUGACGGCUAUAUCUACCCUUCGCUUUGCGAGAUGAGGAAAAAGACAUGUGGAAAAGGUGUAAGACUAGCUCCCGACCAGGGUUCCUGCUCCAGAGCCCAAGGAUCGAAAUGCGAACAUAGGUGUACUUCAGAACGGGAUCCUGUCUGUGGCACCAAUGGACGAACCUAUCUGAAUAGAUGCAUGCUGCAAGUUGAGAUUUGCAGAGUCGGCAUUGGUCUAUCACAUUUGGGUGCUUGCAACAACAUCAGCGCGCAUCGAGAGAAUUGUCCAGUGGAUUGCUCACAGGCGCCUCUCGAUGGGCCCAUAUGUGGCUCCGACGGCAACGUCUACAAAAGCACGUGUCAGAUGAAGCUGUUGACUUGCGGACAAGGCGUCGUACGUACUAGUAAGAAACAUUGCCAGACAACCCGUCACUGCCGCGAGUCGUGCUGGCGUGUGGCGAGGCCCACAUGCGGUUCAGAUGGGAAGCUGUACGCGAACGCAUGCAGGAUGAAGGCUACUAAUUGCGGAAAACACGUGUUUGAAGUGCCAAUGGCGUUCUGCGUGUCUCAAGAGCGGACCUCUGGCGGUGAAUCGUGUCCUACCGAUUGUUCUGGACAGAAGGAGAAAUUAGUUUGCGGAUCAGAUGAGAAUAUAUAUAGAAACGAAUGCGAGAUGAAAAUGCUGAAUUGUGGUGUCAGCAGCAGAAAAAUUGUGAAAAAGGUCGACAUGGAGAAGUGCCGAGCCAAAAUGAACAAAUGCCUGAAGGUCAAGUGCCCCAGCGAACCUGACCCUGUUUGCGGCACUGAUGCCAAUGUUUACACAAACUCCUGCCAUCUUAAAGUCGCCACUUGUCUUAAAGGAGUUCAAUUAGCGCAUUUCGGUAACUGCACGUUGCUUCCGCGUCUAGAGAUUGACUGUCAAGAGAACUGUGAUAAUGCUGUGGAACAACCGGUUUGCGGAUCUGAUGGGAAUGUUUAUAAGUCGGAAUGUGAGCUCCGUCGACUGACAUGCGGUCAGCACGUGGUCGCUGUGUCAGCGGCCCACUGCCGGACUACCGCACUCUGUCACGAGUCCUGCCCCAAUACCCCGGCCUUCGUUUGCGGCUCCGACAACAGGUUCUACAAGAACGAGUGUCUGAUGAAGAAGGAGAACUGCGGAAAACACGUAUUUGUGGUGCCGCUGAAACGCUGUCUAUCCCGGUUCCAAUACUCGGGAUGCGCAAGAGUAUGCCCCCCUGAGUACGACCCGGUCUGCGGCACUGAUGAUAAGACAUACUCCAACAAAUGCUUCCUAGAGAUGGAGAACUGUCGAUCUAGGAGCCUGGUCCAAUUGAAAUACUUGGGCACAUGCACGGAACCUAUAGCGGAGGAGCCGAAAAACUAUUUGUAUCGAUAGACUGUAUCGAUAGUAAUCGAAUCAUAUCGAUAUAUCGCUUAAUCGUAUCGCGUAUGAUAUACUUCCCAAUUUUAUUAGUGCCAACCCUUUAUGUAAGCUUAAAUGUAAAUUACAAACUAUCCUGACUAUGUCUUCCAAUUAACUUUAUAAUGUAAGCACUAUUUAUUGUAUUUAUAACAAUAAUAAUAUAUAAUUAUUAUUAAAUUUUGAGAAAUUUGGGGUAUGAAAGAAUUAAAAAUAAGAAUUAAACAGAAACACGAAUUUGAAAAUCGAAUAUAAAGAGGCAUUCAUAUUGUCUAUUGAGUAAUAUGGCCAGUUCAUUAUACAGUUUCGUUACUUACAAUUCGUUAUAAAUAAAUAGUUCAUAAGGAGGAAAUUAAAAUUCAUAUUUGCAAAAUGAAGCAAGAUCUAGCACAUUCAUAUUAGUUAUAACUUUUCAAGAUUUCUGAGCAUGUGAAUUGUUCCAUUUGAGAACUAUUUAUUUAUAAAAGUAAAAUUAUGUAUAGUUGCUAUAUUCAUUUACUAUUUUUGCCAUGACAAUGCAAAAAAAAGAAGUCAUAACAAGAUGGCGGCUACUCGACCAGAAACAAUACAAUUAAUAAAUUGACCACCAAGCAUUAAACGCGCGAGAGGCUCGUAAACUGUCAUGUGUCACAGAUUCGUAGCACAGACAUGUAUAUUAAAGUAUAAAUAUAUGGGUUACUGCAAAAAGAAAAACGCUAAUUUAAAACACUUAAAAAAAUAACGAUUCGUCGAUAUAUGAAAAAGCUUUUACAAUCGUUUGAGAAAUCAAUUCGAAAACAAAGGUUGAAAUUAAAUUGCAAUGUUUUAUUAUUUUAAAUUUAUAUCCUCUAAUAUAUUAUGAGUCACUUAAAUAAUAUCUACUUUAAUUAAUGAAAAUGUUUAAUUAUAUAAUAAUUAAUAACACUCAAUUUAAAACCUAACUAUUAAAAAAAAUAUUUAUUUCCUAAUUACGUCAUUGUAAAAUUAUAAUUUUUGGUAACUUUAAUAUAAGAUUGUGUAUGGAUACUCAUAAUAAUUAUUUAAUCAGUACAAAAACAUAAUGGCGCCCCAGUCAACACUUUCAAAUUUCUUAUACAUUUACUAACAUUUUUCUAGAUUAAAUUAAGUGAUUAAUAGACAUAAUUAAUUUAUUCUUCUGACUGUUCGCUC